AUGCCUGUGACUAAAUCGGGUCAGUCUUCACCGUCAACUUCUGACAAAGGAACCACCGGAUCGAGUAACGGGAGUUGUUGUUCGUGGAGCCAACUCGAGCCAAUCACUGAGGAUAUUGUGCUGGAUUCAUUGCCCAUGCCAUGGAACGAGUCACUGAUUCCAAACAUCGCACCAGUGUCAACGAAUAACGCACAUGUGCCAACCGCACCAGUGCCAACCGCACCAUUGCCAACUGCACCAGUACCAACCCCACUUUUACCAACUGCAACAGUGCCUACCUCAUCAGUGCCAACCGCACCACUGCUAAGCGCACUAGUAACAACUGUAUCAGGGUCAACUAAUAAUUCAGUAAUGCUAAUGAAUAGCAUACCCAGUGUCCAGUUCUUCCCCAGCGAUAAAAAUGGAGUACCGAUUAACCCACCGAGCUACCCGAACAUGCCGUACCUGAGGCCUUUGAUUUCAAACAGCCAUACAGCCAUGAACUCCUGUGAAAGGAUUAAUGAGCCAAUCAUAAAUGGACCUAAUGCUAUACCUGAUCCACACAAUCAAAUUGUUGGUGGUGCCAAUUGGUCAAACCAACAAGAACUAAGGAAAUACGUUUGCCAGGCACCUACGUUGACUAACAACAAAACAUCCAGGGGCGUAAAGAAACGUAUUAGGACUGCUUUCACCACUAUGCAAAUGGUAGAGUUAGAAAAAGAAUACGCGAAAAAUCGUUACUUAGACCGCUCUAGGAGACUUGAGGUUGCAGAAGUGCUUCAGAUAAAUGAGAGGACCAUUAAAAUAUGGUUUCAGAACCGCCGUAUGAAGGAGAAAAAAGAUAAAACUGCAAGUGGCGAAGAAUGCGAAGAAGCUACAAUAACGGAACUAGCUCCGGAUAUGAGUAGUGUUCAAAUGAAUAUGUUAACUCAUGAGCAAUAUCCAAGUGUUCCAAAUAAUUUCUAUGAUCAAGGGGAUAUGUAUAUGGAAUAUAUGCCAACAACAUCUGAUUAUGCUCAGGUGUCAGCAAUAAAUAUGCCUGCAACGGUGCAACAACGCCCAUCGUUACUUCAGAACACAUAUCCAGAGUAUGGAAAUAUAUGCAAUGAAGGUGAAUGGCAACAGUACCAGCAAAUAAACUUUCAAGUCCAGCAAUAUCCUGCAACAUAA